AGUUCCGGGGGGGGGGCGGCCGCUGCCCAAGCUCAGCCCCCCUCAGCGUGCGGGGCGGGGCGGGGCGGGGACGGCGGCGGGAGGCUCCGCAGCGGCUGCAGCCCCAGCAGCGCCGGCGCCGCCGAACCCCGAUGCCGGCCCUGCAGCGGCUCGCCCGGGAAGAUGGCGCCGUCGCACGUCCUCAAGUGCUGCCAGAGGGUGCUGGCCUGGGUGCCCGUGGUCUUCAUCGCCCUGGUGGUGGCCUGGUCCUACUACGCCUACGUGGUGGAGCUGUGCGCGUUUACGAUUACCUCAACAGGAGAAAAAGUUAUCUACCUUGUGGUUUUUCAUCUGUCAUUUGCCAUGUUUGUAUGGUCCUAUUGGAAGACAAUUUUUACAUAUCCUGCUUCCCCCUCCGAUGAGUUCUGCUUAUCAAAAUCUGAUAAAGAACAAUAUGAAAGAGAAGAGAGACCAGAAUCCCAGCAGGAUAUUUUGAGAAGAGCUGCUAAAGACUUGCCUAUCUAUACCACAACAGCAUCAAGGGCAAUCAGAUAUUGUGAUAGAUGCCAACUAAUCAAGCCUGACCGCUGUCAUCACUGUUCUGCAUGUGACCUGUGUGUACUAAAAAUGGACCAUCAUUGUCCUUGGGUGAAUAACUGUGUGGGAUUUUCUAACUACAAAUUCUUCCUCCUGUUUUUAUUAUACUCCUUAUUGUACUGUCUGUUUGUUGCUGUUACGGUCUUGCAGUACUUCAUAAAGUUUUGGACAAAUGAUCUGCCAGACUCGCAUGCAAAAUUCCAUGUACUUUUCCUUUUCUUUGUGGCUGCCAUGUUCUUCAUCAGCAUACUGUCCCUUUUCAGCUACCACUGCUGGCUAGUCAGCAAAAACAGAUCAACAAUAGAAGCAUUCCGGGCACCCACAUUUCGAAAUGGCCCUGACAAAAAUGGCUUCUCUCUCGGAUGUAGCAAAAAUCUGAAAGAGGUUUUUGGAGAUGAAAAGAAGUAUUGGUUGCUGCCUGUUUUUACAAGCUUGGGUGAUGGUUGUAAUUUUCCAACUCGUCUGGUGAUUAUGGAUCCAGAGCAACUUACUGUAUCAAGCCAAAAUGAAUCCGCCAAAAGCUCUGGAGCCAGUCAGCCCUUUCCUGCCAGGCCACUCAGUGAGUCACAAAAUCGAUUGUUGGACAAUGAAAGUCAGUGGGUGGAAGGUGGCUCAGAAGAAGAAAACGUUAAAUCAGGUGCAAAAAAGCAUGUUAUAGUUUCACUGGAAAGCUGAUCUCAGUCUGUUUAAUGACCAAUUAUCUCAAUGAGAAAAAGGUUUCUGCAACACAUUUGUGCUUGAAUAUUAAUUUUGUUUGGAAGAUGUUGCUCAGUUAAAUGGAACAGUGUGAACAUGUUGAAGAUUUAUGAGAAAUUGUUUUUAUACAGUACAAUGGACGCUUGUAAGCACUGCUGCAGAGCAGGGAAGUAAGACAGAUGCCUUAAGAUUAUUAAUAUGCAUUUAUGCAGCAUUGACUUAUAUACUGCUACAAAAGAGCCAAAUCCUGAAGUGUCCUGCAUGGGUGAGCAAGCCCAAACAGAGCAGAAACUAUGCAUUGCUGCUUUGGGGGGAUAGAUCUGCCAAGACCCAAGCAGGCAGAUCCCAUAUUCCUGUGCACUGCAGAAGUUACUUCCAUAGCAGGUCUCCAGGGGACCAACAAAGGGGAAAAGUAGAUGUGUUUCCCACAAAAACAGAGCAUGGCUAGUGAGUCUUCACAGUGUAGCUAUGUGGCCCAAACACAAUGUAAGGGAAGAGCAGCACGACCUAUCUUCAUCUUUUCCUGGUACCCAGUGGUGGCUGGUCACACGCUUACUACCCCUGUACCCUGGCUCUGUAGUGCUGUGGGGGUUAAAGACUCCUUCCUUCAGCCCUGCUUUGUUGCAGCAAAAUGCCAAGCAAGUAAAGCUCUUUCACUUGGGCUCCACUUGUUUGCUUCAGGAUUGGGCCCCCUAGUAAUUUGAUUUCUUUAAUCAUAUCAGGAAUGUAACUCUGUAAAGUGAAUUUUCAUUUAGAUAUAGUAACCUAAACAACAAUUUUACUUUUCCUACAGUUGCCUCUCAACAUACAAAACCUUGUCAAUCCAGAAGGAGCUAACAAACUAGUACACUUUUCUGUUAAGGGGUGUAGAAGGGAAGUACAAGGCAGUAAGAGAGCAGAAAGAUCCUAGUGGCAGCAAAAAUCUUAUUGCAAGUUUUGUACUGUAUUAGAAAAUGGAACUGGAGGAGAUUACUGCUUUUUAUAUUGAACACUUGAUGCUUUAUAAACAUUGUUUUAUAUUUGCUUUAGCUUUUUAAUAAAGACAGAAGGUGGUUUUUUUUAUUGUUGGCUCUAAAGUACCAUUUAGACACAGCUCAAGUAUCUGUGAUGAAAUGUAAAUGUUGGAUCAUGCAUUUGGGGAAUGCAUUGGAAGUUUACUGUAUGCUUUAGUCUGCUGUUUUUUAUUUUCAUUUUAAGUGGAAGUGACUGAAAAAUAGCUGAAAUAAGCACUUUACAUAAUGCUUUAUCCUGUUCAUGAAAGGCAAGUUAUGUGUUUCCUAUAUAAGGAAUAUAGUCCAUCGAAAGCUCGAGACCCACAGCAAACAACAUAUUCACAUUUCUUACUUCUAUUUAGAAAAGACUACUAAUGAUAUUUAUUUUUCGAUGGUACUGACAUUGCACCCAGCAAACUUGAAAAAUGUCCCUUACUUGUCAAUUUCUUUAUUCCAGUAUCUGCUGAUCCUGAAUAAGUGCAAUUGGGUCCUUUUGGAAACUGAAACUGCUUUCUGCCUCCAGUCCAUCAGGGCUGAAGGGACCAACCUGUAUAUCUUGGUUCCUGGGCUGAUUACUUCCAAAACCAAAUGUGUGUUUUAUGGAAACACUAAGGUUAAAGUUGGGGCAGGAUUUUGCUCUCACAGUCAUCUCUGGAGUUACCUACUCCUUUAUAUUUUCAAGUACUGUUUAAAGUGGAAUGGAUCUGAGAAUUUUUAAGCAUGCUCUGGUCACUAGCAAGUGUACUUAUGGAAGGAAAUUAAUUAUCCAAAUUUGCACUUUUCAGAAGUCUUGCAAAAUGUUUCUCCAAAUUUUGUAUUACUUUUGUACAAAAAGUGUAGCACCUACCAACUUCAGAAUUCACAAAAAAAAUCAUGUGCCUUCUUUUGAGCUACAAAUCCCUUUUCCCUGAAAUCUUUCAGCCCAUCUCAAAUAUUGGCAACUUCUGCUUAACUGAAAAUAAAAAAACAGUCACCAAAUUCUAGCAAUCAACAUGUUAGGUUUGGAAAGAGAGAUGGCCCCAUCAAAAUAUCCUAUGGCUUGGGGAAAGGUGCACUGGGUUGAGAAUCAGAAGACCCUCUUCUCCCCUCUUCCACUGAUGGGUGUUAAGGGCUGUGAAACAUCCCAAGCUGUCAUUGUAGAAAAUGUGACUAUGGGUAAUUCCCCCUGCAUUUUACAGAUGAGCUAACUGAAGAUCUAAGAUGUUGCAAAGGGUGAUUUCUGUCAGAGCAAGGAAUAGAACCUAGAUCUCUGCUGUGGCAAGCUCUCCUACUUAACAGUACUGCCUUUAAGAGUCUAAAAACGCUCCGUUAAUGGUAUCUGUUUAGUAUACUUGCAUCCACACUAGAGGGUAACACCAAUUUAACUAUAUUGGUUUCUAAACUGAUACAAUUUAAAGCAAUACAAAAGCUGCAUACAGACAAGCCCUCAGAGAUUAAGCCAAAUAUCCGUGUGUGGUUUCCAGUGAGCAAUAGUUUCUUUGGGAGCAUUCUUUCCUCUGUAUCUCAGAUGAGCCAUUAAUGAUGAAUUGAGACUUCCAUACAGAACUGGUGCUCCUGAUAUAUAGAUCUAGAUACAGAUAGAUUUUUUUAGUGCCAUAGUAUGCCAGUUUUUCUGAGGUUUUGGGAUAAGACUAGUAUGAGAGUAGCGCACUCUUGAUUCUGGUGAAGGAGUUGUUGUACUUGGAUGUAAAAGCAGAUAGUAUUUGAGGCCACUUUUACAGGAUGUAAAACAUCAUUGGGUGGUUCAACAAAGAGCCCCCUGGUUCAGCUCCCCUUCUUGGAGAAGUGAUUUGGCAUAAAAAAGACCAUAUUGAUGGAAAGGAAAUACCAGGAAACUGAUCUUAAAGGAUGCCCAGCUGUGGGCUCAUAGAACUAAACAGAAUCCACUGGCCAAAGUGGUGCAUCUCUCUGAUACAGGGAGUCAUUUUUGCUUUUUUGAGAACUGACAUAGGAGCUCUGGGUAUACAACAGGUACAGCAUCUGAAACAGGAUCAAAUCUUCAGGGCCGUCAUUUGGAGAGCAACCCUAUUGGCAGUUCACCAUGCAUAGGCAAGAGUGAAGGAAAGUGAAUUAAAGGCAGAAGGGGAGAGAGCCAGGAAUAAAAAUAAAUUUGGCAAGAAAGAGAGAGAUGGGGCGGGGGAGAAGCUGUUUUGCUGCUGAGUGGAGUUAUAAACUCUCUGCUUCCACGCUUUGCCUUACAGAGGCAGGACAAUCUGUGAGAGCAACGUACUGAGCAAGUCCUUUCAGCCCAGGCCUUUCUAUUCAACCACUCAGAGACUUCCAGUCACUGGAUCAAGGGAACCCCACCCAUUCAGGAUCAGUGGAGGUGUUCUUGAGAUAGUCAUUAUAGUGAGUGCUGGAUUGUGUUUUAUAAAAGCUGUUCCAUAUGACAACUAAGGGCUUGCCUACACCGGCAGUUUACAGCGCUGCAACUUUCUUGCUCAGGGAUGUGAAAAAACACCCCCCCUGAGCGCAGCAAGUUUCAGAGCUGUGAAGUGCCAGUGUAGACGGUGCACCAGCGCUAGGAGUACACCCCUCGUGGAGGUGGGUUUUUGGAGCGCUGGGAGAACUCUUUCCCAGCACUCUGCCGCAGCCACACAAGCCACAAGUCCUGCCGCAGCAGCUCUUUAGCGUUGCCAGUGUAGACUAGCAGUUCCAAUGCUUAAGCCUUCAGAUCCCUCCACUAUGCAGCCCCAAAUAAUAAUCCAGUUAUUUGGUUGCUGGAAUAUAUUGGUACCAUUAGAAUCAGUGUGCUUAAUGUUUUUAAAGCUAUUUUGUAUUAAAUAUAUAUAAUAUGCUUUGAACUCCCAGUUUGAGGGCAAAAGCCUGACAUAAAGCUCUUCUCUCUUCCUGUGUAAUGGUUUCCUCCCAUUUCUGAAUACUUAAGAUGAUAAAGUAGUAUCCUUAAGGGGGGAAGAUGAAACAAGUGAAUCUGUUAGAGAAUUGAAUUCAAUCUGGAAUGCUUUUGCUUAUGUAGCAAUAGCUGCAUUUACAAUUUGUACACAUAAUCAGACUGUUUUAAAUAGUGGUCUUCUGAUUCUUCACAAAUUUGUAUGAUGAAUGUAGAAAAAGGGACUCUUAUCAACUAAAUUCUUAGAAUACUAUCUCAGAAUUUGACAUCAGUCGUUUAUAAAAAGUAAUCUUUGAGCCCAGACUUCCGCUGACUGAUUUUUUACUAGGUAAUUCUAGAAGAAAUUUUUUGACAUUACUUAAGUUUUUAGCUGUCAGAUUUAAGAAAGUACACUCUAAUGUGUUAGUAAGCAUACCCAAACUGUGUGGCAUGGAUAGGUAACAAGCUACUCUUAGUACAUUAUAUGUCAGAAUUAGGCACACUAACACUUGCGCUUCUAUGAAUUUCAAGUAUCUAAAUUUUUCAGGUACUAUUCAAGUCUAAGUUCGUGCUUGAAACAGAUUUUAGUAUGUUUAUAGUAAUUUUUGUGGACAUUUUUCUGCAUCAUUGAAGCAUUGCAGUUUCAGCUCAAUGGAACCCAAGAGUGGAAUGGAAGUAGCAUUUGUAAGUAACAAUUAAUUUCUGUUGCCAGACCGUCUAAUGAAGGAUAAGGCUAGUGCAGUCAGUCUUCAGUUUGAGCAGCAACCAACCAAAUUCAAAAGUAUCUUCUGAAUACGAAGUUUUACAUUACAGUAUAGUUUGUGGAACCAGGCAAGUUUUAGGGAUUCAACCAUCCAUUUAAAAAAACUCCAAAUAUUUCAAUUACUGAAAUAUCUGUAAACAGAUCACCCGGGAACCAUUGUUCACCAUACCUGAAAUGUAAUUAGAUAUUCAACACACCGGGCAUCUUGUCAGUAUCACUAAUUGAUACCAAAGAGAAGCUGCAGUAUGUAAAGUUUAGUAUAAUACUGAAAAUGUUUACUAAGUUCAUUUCUAUCCAUUUACUUUGUAUGUAGGGACAGCUUUUUGUAUGCGUAUUUUUCUUUAGUAUAGAGCUGUCAUAAUCUGUAAUGAAAAUGCAGAAUGUUGUUAUAGUGCAUCUUAACAUUAAUGAUAAAAUUUGUUUUAGGUUAGACUUAAUAAAACAGUGAUUUUUGCAGAGGUUACUUGAAUCUUGUCUCUAAUAGGUAGCAGAAUCUGACCAUGUUUACAAGAUUGUUUUAAUUACUUGGUUUUCAGAAGAUGAUUUACCAGCAGAAACUCAGAUGAAUGCAAAGCACCCAUGCAAAUGUGCUGGGGAAUGAGUAUCAGGAUCUCCUGCUUGCUGGCACCAAAGAGUUAAUGGUGACCAGCAGACUUCAUACUGUUUACAUUAUUUAGGUUACAGUAUACUUAAGUGCUCAACAUACCUCUGUUGAGCUCUUCCUGCUGCAUCAGCUCUAGUCAGGUAUUCUAAGAAAAUCAGAUUUCACAGUAAUAUUUUUAGGAUCAAUCUACAUUAUGGUUGAGACAGAGAAUAGAUAAAACUGAUGUAUGCUAGUCCUUUAUUAAGAAUUUGCCCCAUUUAAAUUGUGAAAUAAAUAUCCCUGGGGUAUUUCUGCAGCUCCUGUAUUUGCCAGUGGGCAUGUCAUCUACAUUGCACUGUAAUGGCAAAAUCCUGGGUGUCUGCAACUAUCUUUCUUCCAUGUGGUUAUUUUCAGUGUGCUGCGUACACUUGCAGUUAAUUGUUUGAGUCUCUGAAGUUAAUUAUACAAGAAUAAAUAUGUAAUAAAUGACACUUAUUGUAUUUUUUGUAUGUUGCCGGUAGGAACAUUCCUAUGCACAAAGAAAACAUGUUGACAUUUAUAGUUUAGUACUUCAAAGUGUUUUUUUUAAAUGGGCUUUUAUAAAUGAAUGAAAUAUACAAAAAACAAACAAAUUCUGCCUGAGUUCCUUCAUAUUUUAAUCAUACCUUGUAACUUCUCCAUAUGUGUAUUUUCCAUCACUGUACUCUUAGGUUAUUACUUAAUGUUGAAUGUUUGCAUUCAGACUUUUGUAAAUCAAAGUUCAGACCUACAUAUUUUAUCUAAAUUACAAUUCACGGUUUAGGCAAAACUUGCACCUUUUGGGGCCGUCUUUUCCCAAGUGGUAAAAUAUUAAGUUAUGACAUGACCUCACUGAAUGCAAAAGUGACUAAAUAAAGAAUGUGAAAUAUUCUGAAAAUAAA